CUGGUUCAAGGUGCAUCAACAACUUUGAAAGAUCAAGUUUGAUUUUAGUUCUUCAUAUUAUUAUGUAAUGCAUAAAGCCAUUGAAAACUAAGUGUAUGCCAAAAAUCAAAUUAAUGAAAUGGCUGAUGAAAACGAUAACGACCGUAUGGAUAAUGAGAAUAAUAAGCCCGAGAAAAUGUUCACACUAAAGAAAUGGAAUGCAGUAGCGAUGUGGAGCUGGGACGUCGAGUGCGACACUUGUGCGAUUUGCAGAGUGCAGGUUAUGGAUGCUUGUCUUAGAUGCCAAGCAGAAAGCAAGAAAGAUUCCUAUGGCAAGCAAGACUGUGUAGUGGUUUGGGGAGAAUGCAAUCAUUCAUUUCAUUACUGCUGUAUGUCUUUGUGGGUGAAACAAAAUAACAGGUGUCCAUUGUGUCAGCAGGAGUGGUCCAUACAACGGAUGGGAAAAUAAACUUAAAUUUCAAUUGGAGUAACUGUUAAAAUCUUUUAAUUGAUAUGAUCAGCUGUCCUGAAACUGAAGAGAAUAACCAUUUCAAUGCGUCUUGUAUAUUCCAUUUUAACAGAUUUACAAAGCUUAUUUAUGUUCUUAAGCUUGAUGUUUUACUAAGAGUGAUGCCAGGACAGAUGUUAGUUGUUCCAAAUAUGCUGUUUAAACUAAUAUUCGUACAGAAUUUUUUUCCUAUUUACUAGAUUUAGACUGUAGAACUCAAAACAUUACCUUAGGUGACUAUGUCUUGGAGCAUCAUUUGUACGUUAUAACUUGUUUGCAAUAUUUCGAACUUCUGUGACAGAAAAUAUUCACGAAUUCUUGCAGUUGUUUCCAAAAAUAUGUAUAAAACUCUUUAUUUAGAAUAAAAAGUGAAAAUAGGAUGUGGGGUAGACAAAAAAAGUACAGAAAGU